GUUGUUGUUUAUGUUUCUAAGACUGCAGGGUGGGAGAUGCAACAAUGGCCUUGAGAACAGCAGGAAGUGUGUUGGUGGUCUUUCUCUGGUCUGUGACAGUGGUACUGGGUCAGAAAGGAUGGAGUGUGACUUACACCCCUCAGAGUAUUUGUACCUUGAAGGGGUCAACAGCAGAGCUGUCCUGCUCUUACACAUAUCCCAGUGGUACAGUCACAACAACACUUUGGUUCACUGAAUGGGGGACUGGUACAGAACCUAAAAAUCUAGGUCAAGACCCAAAGUAUGCAGGUCGUGUGGAUUAUCAUCUGGAUAAGAAGAAAGUCUGCAACCUGAAAAUCAGGGACCUGAGAGAGAGUGACUCAGCUACGUACAGGUUCAGAUUAUUAACAGAUCAGACCGGAGGGAAAUAUUCUGGAAGUCCAGGAGUCACUCUGCCUGUCACAGGUCUUCAGGUGAAGGUGACUGGUGGACAUCAGGAUAAGACACUGACCUGUAUCACCACCUGUAUUCUGACUGACAACCCCACCUACAUCUGGUACAAGAACGAACACAAAGUAAAGGAGGACACUUCCAGCCUGUACUCAGACUACUUAAGUGAUGCAGAUAGUUACUCCUGUGCAGUAAAGGGCCAUGAGGAUCUCAGCUCUCCUGCUGUGUAUGGACCAAGGAACACCUCAGUGUCAGUCAGUCCCUCUGGUGAAAUAGUGGAGGGCAGGUCAGUGACUCUGACCUGCAGCAGUGAUGCCAACCCACCUGUCCAGAACUGUACCUGGUGGUACAGGAAGAAUGGAGGUCACUAUCAGAGUAUUUCCAAUCAGAACACAGAACCACAGCAUGUCUUCAACGAAAUCAAAUCAUCUGAUACUGGGGAGUACUACUGCGAGGCCCGGAAUGAGAUGGGGACAGACAGGUCUGAGUCUAUCAACAUCGAUGUGAAAUAUGGCUCAAAGAACACCUCAGUGUCAAUCAGUCCAUCUGGUGAAAUAGUGGAGGGCAGUUCAGUGACUCUGACCUGCACCAGUGAUGCCAACCCACCUUUGGACAAAUACACCUGGUACAAGAAGAAUGUAACCUCACCAAAAGCAUCAGGACAGAGUUACAGCAUCAAUAACAUCAUUUCUGAGGACAAAGGAGAAUAUUACUGUGAGGCCCAGAAUGGAAGAGGAUCUAUGAACUCUACAGCUCUGAUGAUCAUUGUAGCAGGGAAACAGACCUCAGUUCUGACUGCAGCUGUAGGAAUCAUAGUGGUUGUUCUGGUUCUCAUCCUCUGUCUUUCUGGACUCAUGUGUUUCAGGAAGAAGGCCUCCAAAUCCACCUCUGACACAAGAGACACAUCAGAGAAUGUACAGGGAGACUCUAGUCCCGUGUAUGACAACAUUUCAGGCAUGGCCAUGGCCCCUACAACAGCACAGACAGCGGCCACCGUCGACCAGGAUGAUGUGCACUAUGCCAGAGUCCACGUCUUUCACUCCGAAAACCAGGAAGUGCCUCUGUACUCCACCGUCCAACUGCUUCAACCCCGGAAAAAGGAAGAGGAUGUCCAGUACGCUGCUGUGAAAUUCAACCUCCCCAGUGCUGCCAUCUGGUGA